AUGGAUACGUCCUAUGCUCCUUUUGCUCUGUUCUUCUGUCUCCUUCGGGAAGGAAGAUGUGCGGCUCUGCCUAUUGUCGUCCUCCUCAAUCCGUAUCUUGCAGCUAUUGUCCGUCGCCAUGGCCCGGGUCUAUCGGUGUUUGCCAAGUCUCUAGACUGUGUUGCAUUGCAGGACAAUCCACAGAUCCCGGAGAGGCCUGGCGGUGGCAAUCAUUCUCACGUGGACAAAUCUCCAGAUUCCGAGGUCGUGUUCACUGAAUGCUACUUUGAGGAAUACGCGGUCCACGACCGAGUAGGCUAG